AUGGAUAAUGGUGUAAAGUUCAGCUUGAAACUUCUCAUUGAUGAGAAGAGAAACAAAGUUGUUUUGGCUGAGGCUGAGCAGGAUUUUGUUGAUGUGCUCCUCAGCCUUUUGACUCUCCCAAUGGGUAAAAUCGCUGGCUUGCUCAAGGAUCACAAGACAGUCCUCAGCUUCUAUAAAAACCUUAACAAAAGUGUUGCAGAUAUGGACACUAGUCAUUUUGAGACAGAAGCUUGCAAGAGUAUGUUGUUGGAUCCAAAGAGUAGUAAGGAUAUCCAUCGCAAAAGGCUCAAACUGAACAUGAGUUAUACUGUUCCAACAGAGUUCUUUGUGUGCCCAAGUUGUUUCAAGAGUCCUUCAUGUGGAAGCAGGGCAUACAGCAAUUUUAACACCUCAAAAUGUAGCUGUGGAGCUUUGAUGGAUGCUCGGAUUCAUGUCCCAGAAGAAGUUCAAGUUGAACAAGUGAUAGGAGAUAUUGCAGAUGGAGUGUCUGUUAAUUUCCGAUCCUCUUUCAUUGUCACUGAUGAUUUGAAAGUGACACCGAAAUCUAUUGGUGUUCUCAUGAAUGUUCUAAAUGAUCUAGGGUACGUUGGUUAUAGUGAUCUGCGGGAAACCCUAAUUGAUGUAGGUUUUGAACAGGUGCUGACUCUACUAGGAUGUUUAUUCACUUCAGAAGCUCCCUUGACAAGCGUAUUCCUCAGAAAAACUUGCAUGACAAGUAAGAGGAUGCAUGAAAUGUUUUCUCCACCUGCGCUGAAAAAUGGGAACGCAAAUCCAGGCAGAGUGUGUUCUGUGAAAGUUUUUGUUAGAAAGCUUGAUAGAGAGAUUCUGUAUGCAGAGUGCAAUGAAGACCUCAUUGACUCUCUUCUCACCUUUCUGGUUCAUCCUCUUGAGAUGGCUUGCUCAUUGACUAAUGACAAUACCAUUUUUGGAUGUGUUGGAAACUUGUGUAGAAGUCAGUGUAGAGGAGAUGUUUUCAAGAGUUGUCAUCUUCCUGACUUUUAUAUUUGUAGUAACAAUAAUCUGAUUGAUUAUGCUCACCAAUCAAUGACAUAUCAGUGUUUGAUUCCUCACCAAGGAUACUCUAGUUUCAAAGUCGCCAGGAACAUCGAUCGGUCUCUCUCCAAAAAUGGCAACAUUGUGAGUACGUAUCCAACUAAUCCAAAAGUCAGGAAGAUGCAGGUAGACAUCAAUGAUCUCGAGGAGUUUCAGAUCACCAUUUCCAAAGCAGAGCUCAUAAGCAUUCUUAGAGCUUCAUUGGUCUCCUCAUCUGCAUUGACCGAUGGUCUCUCAAAUUUGCUCGUCAAGAAACCAAAGAUAGAGACUUGA